AUGCACUACCGCAUGGGUUCUUCUUCCUCUUCACACAGCCACAAGUCUUGGGGGGCACCAUCAUCUGACCACUCAGGCUGGUCCCCGUGCCUGGCAUCCCCGGCACCAAUCCCAAACACGCCACACCUACAUCCCGUAUCGCUCCCGAUACCAAUUACAAACGCACCCCACCUCCAUACGGUGUCCCUCCCGCACCCAAAUGCAUCCUUGCACCAACCCCCUGUUUCGUACCAACAUUCAUCCACGUCCCACUCUUCCAUGAUAGUCUUGCACACCCUCUUGAGCCUUGGUCCCAAUAUCAUGUUUGACGUCACAAAAGACCUAGCAUACGUGCAAUUGCGACCAGACUGUUCGCCUACCAGGCUUCAGGAGUUUGCGGUACAACCACGAGUCUCUCGUAUGACCAUCACUAUUCCUGAGCUUCCCGCUUGGACAAUAGAGGUCGUGAACCCUCACGGCAUCACUGUGAGCGACGUCCUGCUCAAGAUACGGGAAACCCUCAACCGAGGUGUUACAUCACAAGAGAUGCAAAUGUACAGACCUUCCCACGCCGUUAACUCCGCUAUCAAUUGGGCUAGAUCGCGCCAACAUGCGCAGGGCGUGAAGCGCGUUGACUUUUUGGGCCCCAAAGUUUUAUUCGCUGGCCUCGCUAGAGCUCGAGAUGGCUCGGACAGCUGGGGUAUCUACUUCUCCCAGAGUGUCUGA